AUGGAAGAACAUUUUGAACAGACAACUCGUGAUGAAAGGAAACCUGUUGCCGAACCUUUAAUGCUGGAGGAAGACUCUGCUUCCACUGAGCCAGCUCUGAUGUCAUCAUCCCAGUCUCGAGAUAACAACACUUAUUCAAGUAUCAGCAGUUCCGAUUUUGGAGAACAGGUUGCUUCUCUCCAAUCCCAACAACUUACCACUCAAGAAGUGCUUUCGGAAGAGCAGGCACUAACGGAAGAGGAUUUCCAACGUAUGAUGUCCAGCUAUGAAAAUGUUUACGAUGGUGUCCAAUUAACACCCGACGUCAACAGGUUGUCAAUGAAUGCAAGUGAACUAGACAUUGGCGAUCACUUUGAUACAAAACAGCUUGAUACGCAUCUUCAACCAACAGGACGUUCUUCAAGCUUUGAACAACUUUAUCAAGAGGAAACUGGUGAGAGGCCUACGGAAGAAAAGCUAGCAGAGCUAAGCACUUACCCAGUAAAACCUAAAGAAGAUCUCCCUUCUGGUGAACAGAUUGUCUCCAAAGAAGUAAUGGCUGCCGAUGAGGAGAAAGCUGAGAAACUAAGCUCUUCCAGCUCUGAAGUAGCUCAAGUUGAAGAUGUAGAUUUUCAACCAGAUGCUGAGAUGCGUGACACCAGUGAAGAAAAGACAGAAGAGACGGAUGUGGAGGAGCAGUUCUCUCCCCUUCCUAAAACUUCUCCUGCUUCUAAAGGUGCUCUUGAUCUUAGGUUAGAAGACCAGUACUUCUCAUUUACUCAGUCCCCAGUAGAAUCCCCUGCUGCUGAAAUUGCAAACGAGAUAUCUCCAGCGCAAGAUCUUCUUGACGUCAAAGAUAUGCAAAUAACUGUUGGCGUUUCACCAUCAGAAAUUUCUGCACGAGCCAAACUUGGGCAUGUUUCUGAAUUUUUUGGGCCAACAGUUAGUGAUGACACCAGACCUACAAAGGGGAAGUAUGAAAAAGAGAAGGAAGAUGUUCUGUACACUUCAAAAGUUGAAACGGAAGCUAAGAAAAUGGAGACUGAUAUUAAUGAAGUUGCAAAAACAAGUUCUGAAAGCUACAAGGCAGCAGCUGCCCCGAAGGAUGACAAAGAAACUCCUGAAGAUAUGGCAGAACAGCUAACUUAUAUGGCUUUCGAUAAUAUGGGUUUUGCAGGUGAGGAAGCUGUUGACAGUGAACUGAAAUUGAGGUCAUGUGAUAUACCAGAAGAGAGUCCACAUUCAAAAAGCAAAGAAAUAUCCCCUGAGGAUCUUGAAGAGAAACCACAUCAUUUUGAUUUUCCAGAUGUUCAGCAAGAAAUGUGGCAAAUUGGAAUACAAGCAUUUGGAAAGUCAGCGCUGUCGGAAGAGAGGAAGAUGUUCUCAAGUUCUAUGAAGUUUGAAGAAGUCACUCACAAAGUUUCUUUUGAAAAAGAUGACGAGGAUGAAAGCAGCACAGCUGUCUAUUCGGAGAGUGAAGAACCCUCGCAGUCAGAAAAUGGGGAUCUUAAGAGCCAGAGUUCUUUCCAGGAAUCUGUUGAGAUUUCCAAAACUGUCGAUGGACAUUUCGAGUCCACUUCGGAAGUAAGGACUGAAAAGACUAUUGUCACAUCGUCAAAAGAGCAAGUGUCUCUUUCUGAAAGCCACAGCAAAAUGUACUCUGAAACAAAAGUCUACCACCACAAGACUGGUGCUGAAUCAGAACUUCAACAUUCUGAGAUACAGACAGUACCCUUUUCUGAUGAAGAGAAAAAGAGACCUCUCUCGACCGUUGUGAGCGAACCAAUUAUUUCUCAUCCUUUUGACCAAACAACUGUAGAACUGAUGUCUCCAGAAUAUAGUAGUUCUGACAGUGAAGGAUUUUAUGACCCAGAAACUGGGAAAAAGCUGCCCUGGGAAACGGUUAAUCAUUUUAAACGUCAGUUUUCAGACAACUAUUUGGAACAGCAAGAAAAGCAAGGGUUAGUAACUGUACAAUCUGUGGAUAUGGGCAUAUUCUAUCGUAGAAGCAGUAGAGAAUAUGCUGAUGUUAAGUUCAUGGAAAAAGGAAUUGCUGAAGAUGAGAUCAUUGAGGAACAAGAGGGACAAGUGCUUUUUACACUUGAUGAAAAUGAUUCUGAUGAAUCUGCUGCCUUACCGAGCCAAGUAAAAGAAGAUGAAGUUGUGGAUGAUUCCACAGAGGACAUCAGAAAACCACAUGACAAGGUGUUUGAGGAACAGAGAGCUACGGUUCUACCAAGCAGUGCAGACAGCAGGAAUCGUGCUGAGGAGGAUUUAUCUAAGUUACAUGAAGAAAUGUCACCAGAGUUUGGCGCUUCUGAGUUUUUAUCUACCAGCAAGUCAUCGGAAUUGGUCGAACGUGGUGCCAGUAAGGAUUCAUCUUUGCAUUUAGUUGGUGAUUCUUCAACAGAUUCAUCUCAGAAAGAGUCCAUCAAAGAGGCUGAAGAACGUAGCACUCCAUCUGAGGAAUUGGAUAUCAAGGAAGAACUCAAAGAAUCCGCCAAAUCUGGAAUAAUUGGUGUAGUAAGUGUUGAAUCUCGCAGGGCUCAGAAAGAAUUGCUGCAGGAGAGUGCUGAUGAGACGGACCGUUCUCUAUCACCAUCUGUGGAGAGUGAUGAGAUGUCGACAAUGUACGAGUGUCAAGCGGAAGUUCAAGAAGAUGCUUGGUCUGAAACGCCAUCUGUUGACCAGCUGCCAUCUUCAGCAAGUGGGAAAUCUGAAACUGAAAGUGAACCUUCAGAAAGAAAACCUUCCGAAAAGAAACAAUCUCCAUCAGUCGAAGCCCUUGCUAAGGGAACUGACCUCGAGUCUACGGAACAGGAAGAAAGCAAAAUUACUGCCCAUGACAGGAGAGUUACAUUUUUGUCCGAGGAAAGUAAAGAGAAACUCAGACAGUCUCUUUCUAAUGAAGACCUGGUAAAAAUCUCAACAUCUUCUUCUGAAGUCUCCAAUGAGCCAACUCUGCUGGCUGCUUCCUAUGAUUUGGAUUCUGGACAUGUUUCCCAUGUUGUCACGGCUUACGACAUGUCCCCUGAUACUGUGGAAAGCCAAGCACCACAUCCACCUGCACCUAAAGCCAUUCUUUCAAGCCCUGAAGAUGAUGUGUUUGAAGUAGAACCUUCUGUAAGAGUCACUGGUGCUGCUGCAGAAUCACAUUCUGGGCCUCAGUCUGAGGUUAUCAUAAUUGAACAUGUGUGCGCGGCUGAAAGCAAAACUGGAUCAGAAUCGACAGAAUCAUUGCCGCCAACUCCUGCUCCAACACCAAAGGACCCAACUGCAGUCAAAGACACAGUAUGCAAUUUACAAGAUGCUGCUAACAAAUUGCAGACUGAAGGCUAUUAUGACCGACAGUUAGGGUCUGUGAGCAGUGAGACUUCUGAAAAACGACCUUUAAGUUUUGAGAAAGAGUUAACUAAAGAUGAGGAUUCAAUUGAUGAUGAUGAUCUUGGCCAGUCAUUUGAAAUGGUUUCACCAACUGAAAUCAUUGGCUUUGAUCAGUUUGCUGCUGAAUAUUUACAAAGCGGUGUGGCUGGGUCCAUUGAACCAGGAAGUAUGGCUGCUUCAAUGGAAUCUAUUUCUACAUCUGGAAGUAGCUUUGCAGAUUUAAGGCCAAGUGAGCCUUCGAGUAUGAAAUCCAGUUUAGAAGAAUCAGUCACCACAGCAGCCUUCAUUGAACCCUCAGCUCCACCUAUGGAAGAUGUGUACCAGUCUACUGGUAGACAAUCGUCCAAACCUGAUGUUGAUUCUUCGUCAGACCAGUCUCUUUUCAGUAGUAGUGAAACUUCAGAAAAGGGCGGAGUGCCAGUUGACAUCCUGGCCUCUAGUCUUACUUCUCCAGGAGCAUGUCCUCCUGACCUGUUACCUGUUGACAGCAUUCAUCAUGGUUUACCAACACGCCAUGAAUAUGGAGAAACGGAAGAACAAGAAAGCUACUCAGAGAGGAUAUCACAGUUACCCAACGGUCCAACCGAAGUGGAUUACCAACCAGACAUUGAUUCUGUUUCCUCUCUUGCGAAUACUGUAGUUCAUGUUGCACCACCAGAUUUAGUUCAGACGACACCUUUGUACACACGAGAUCAGAGCCAAGAAGGUGAAGAGGCCGAAAUUGAAGAUGACAGAAUUUCAGUUGGCUCUGAUGCUGCUUCAAGGGAUGUGAUGACUGAUAGCUUGAUUGAAGAUGUCCAUCUCUCAGCAGAACAGCAGGAAAUCUUGGUUACUUCUGACCAGACAUUGUAUGAACUUGAAAUGCCGAUGGACGAAGAGGUCUCCCCAGUCGAACAAGAGUGUGCGCCUGGUGAAACGGAAACCUAUUUUGAACAAAAACCAACAAUUUCGAAGGAAAUGAAACAUGAGGAGGAGGAGGAACUUGAUGGCAGAGUUCGGGAUUCAGCCAAGGCUAUUGAUAAACAGAUCUAUGAUGACAUGUCCCUGUCAUCACCUGAGCAUCUGGAGAUUGAAAGCUCCUUAGAUGACAUUGAAGAUCAGCCUUACGAACUGAAGAAAAAUGAAAUCUACCCUGGAAAAAGAGCACUUGAAUUCAACAUAGCUAACUAUGAGAAUCUUGUAGAGGAAGAGAAGGCUAAACAGGAAGAGCUAGAUUCUAAAGUAACUGUAAUGGUUCCUCUUCAUUUUUCUUCAAAACUUGAGUCCACUGCUUCUGACGUAGAUGAUAGCGAUGAAGAACCUGUGCAGUUUGCUGAUCAAUACCAUACAGCCGAUAUAGAUUCCUCCAAAUAUGUUUCUCAACAAGAAUAUGGUACUUCUUUUAACCGGAUUGAUAUUAUUGAAGAUAGUCCAGAUUUUGCAGAAAAGCCAGAAGCAGAAUUGCAAGCUUUAACUGAAGAUGAGCGUAUUUCAGGAAAAUUCUUUGAUAGUCAUAAAGAAGAAAGCAUUGAGACGAAAGAGAAACCUUUUGAUUUGCAAAUUGACCCAGCUGACCUUGAAAGGCCAAUAUCUCCUACACCUCAGGAUUUAAAUCAAGGUUUCUUUGGAAAGGACUUUGAAAAAGUUGCUGGAACACAAGAUGAAGACCUAGAAAAGACAGCAACUGUUUUUGUUGAUUCAGUACUUGAGGAUAUAGUGACUAAAGUCCAUGACAAACCCGGCUCUCUGGAAUUAGGUCAGAAGUCUAAAGAUAGGGACGCCUUUCAAUCUUCUCUUCCUGAACCCUCUACAUCCUCGCACUCUCAACCAGCUUUCUUCUCUGCUCCUCCCCCUCCAUCUCAUCCUCCUCCUGUGGCAAAGCAAGGGUCAGAAGAUUUGCCUGAGAUUACUGUUACUGAGCACAUACAUAAAGACAUCCAUGAGGAUGAUUAUCCCAUGCAUUAUAAGGCAUCAGUUGAAGUGGAGAAAGAUGAUGACAAGGAAUCGGAAGAUGACAGUCCAAAGGGUGUUGGAAUGUCAUACUUUGAAAUGAUUCAGGACGAAAUGGAGUUUGAUCAAGAGGAUGCUAAGCAGAAUGGUGACACCACUCAUCAGGAUGCAUCAAGCAUGUAUGGCUUUUCUGAAACUUCAAGAAAUGGUGCCAGUCAUCAAGAUCCCAUAACUGGUGCUAGUUUUUCAUCUGUAUCAGCUUAUACUGAUGAUCAAGCAGCUUCUAGUUCAGCUGAAAUAUUCACUAGUCAACAAGAAACUGUAUGGAAUGUUCAAAAAUACUCAGAGUCUUCUACCGACCUCUCACCAAAGACUUCUCCACAGCACGAAUCCUUUACUAUAAAAUCCGACUUGGGAUCCAUAUCAACCAGCCACUCAAGACACAUUGAGAGCAGUACUGAUCCUAAAGACCAUUCCAAAAAUGGAUUUCUUGGAUUUGAUCCAGCAAUGUAUGUCACAGACAUCAUGAGUCCAGAAGAUGUUGCAGAUGCAUCAAGCGUGGACAGUUUUACAACAGUUGUUGCAGCAGACCAAGAAGAAGAAGAUGAUGAAGACAGACUGGCUGAUGUAGCUUCGAUGACUUCAUCAAUCCACUCAGACAUUUAUUCAAUGCACAAUGAGCCAGAUGAAGAAGAAGAAGAGCCUUAUGACUGGCCAUUGAUGACAGAGGAAGAUAAGUCUGGUGAAUCAUCUCCAUGUAGUGACCGUUUUGAGAUGAUAGAGAAGACUGCUUUGUCAGUUAUAUCUGAAAAAUCAGAUGAAGACAGGUUUGAAAUGAUCGAGAAAGAUGAAUUAGAUGGACUUUCUGAUCUUCAUUCAGAUAAAACAUCUCCUGAUAUGAUUUCAGCCUCCCCUGGUAACCUCCCCCACUCACAUCACGGUUACCCAAACAUUCGGUAUGCUGGCCGCAUGCGAGAGAAAGAAGAUGGUUCAGCUGCCUCUUCUGUCUCUUCAUCGUUGCUGGAAUUUGAAAGAUUAGAAGGAGAAAUAGGACAGUGUGGGUCAUUAGGAUCAAAUGAAGCCCACAGCCUUCCCAGCUCUUUUGAUAGUCGAAAGUUCCAUUGGCGAGCAGGUGAUAGGGAUGAUGUAUCAGUUGCUUCGUCUUUGGGAGAAUUUGAACGCCUUGAACGGCAGAUUGCCCUCGGCGGCUCGAUCGGCUCGGUUGGCUCCAUGGAUCGGUUUAUGGCAUCAGGACAUGGUAGCGAGACAAAUGGUUCCAUGUCAUCAUUAGCAGAGUUUGAGAAACUUGAACAAGACUGCAUUGCUGGUGGUUAUUCUAGCUCAGGUGACGAUCGCCGCAGUUCAUCAAGCGGUCAUAGUAAACGUAGCGAAAGUUCUUCUCUUGUGGAAUUUGAACGUCUCGAACAAGAAAUUGUUAUCUCUGAAGAACUUGCUGCUGAAGCUAAAAAAAUUGCAUCAAUCUUGGAAUCGGGAGCGCUGCCUGAAUAUCCAGAAAGUGACAGUUUAGGAAGUUCCUACCAAUCAAAUGGUCACAUGAGAGAUUUACCGCAGAUCAUUGGAAGCUUUGACAUUGAGCAAGAUUCAAUCGAUGGCGAAGACAUUGAUAAAGAUUCUCUGAGUUCAGAAGACCCUAAACAGUCAGACGCAAAUCUACUUGACAAAUUAGAUGAUGAUGUUGACUCCUUGGAUGGUGACAGCAAAGAUGAGCUAACUUCCAGUGUCAUAUACGUUUCAAAGUCAGAUUUGCAGGAUUCAGGCGAAGCUGGUCAAACAGAGUUCGACCGUGAUUCUCUAAUUGGGGAUGAUACAGCGAUGCAGUUCUCUGUUGAAUCCCUGCAACUUGACCAAGAUACAUCAUUCGAUACACAUAGCAUGCAGAGCUCAGCUGAUUCUUUGGAAUUAAAAGAGAAACUUUCCAAAGAUAUGCAAAGCUCUGCUGAUUCACUUGAACUCAAAGAGAAGAUGAGUAAGGAAAUGGUGGAUUCAACAGAUUCGCUUGAACUAAAAGAAACUGUUAAAGACCCUGAAAAAUUUGAGACUGACUCCCUGGCUGACCCAGAGGAUGUCAUGCAGACAUCGACUGAUUCGCUUGACAUGUUUCCAACACUGACACAACAGAACAUAAUGGAAGCAUCAUUAGAAUCUGCACGCUGGAGUUUAAGCAGUUCGUAUUUCUCCCAUUCCUCUCAAGAAACAUUAAGAUCCGCAGAAUCUCAUAGCGAUUCAGGUCAUUCUCGUGAUAUGAUGCAAGUAUCAGCAGAAUCAUUUGAUUUUGACAAAGACCGGCCCUAUGAUGAUUCUGAUGAGGAGAUCGAUUACAAAUCAAUUUCCACAAAAUCUCUUUCACAUUCCACUAUUGAUCCAGAAAUUCGUAUGCUCACCGAAAUUUCUCAUCCCAACAAUCCUUUCUUAGAUAACGAAGCCUCUCACCACCCUCGCUCUGCUUCUUCCUCUUCCUCUUCCUCUCUUCCUGCUGCUGCGACCUGCCCCGUCUCCAGCUCCACCAGUCAAACUGCUGCCAGCUCUGAUCCGCUCCACCAUCACAGUAUGUUGGAUACUACUGCCCAUAAAGCCAGUAGAGAAUCACCAGAUCCAAUGAACAUACAAGAGGAAGCCUCUCAUAUGAAACCAGAAGAACGUGAAGGCAUUGAUGUUGCUGCAGAUUCAGAAACUGAUGAUGGUUCUCAGGCUACCAGCCUGAUGAUGAAAAAAGAAAUUCACAAAAAGACAUAUAUACGUGAUGGGCGAGAUGAAACUUUCAUCCAAGAAGAAUCUCGUGUUGAACAACAGAAUGAGACACCUGAAGAACUUCACUUUUCGAUUCUUUCUCUCUUUCUUAACUACUCAUGCGAAAGGUAG